CCCCCAGGAGGCUCUGCUUCCCAGCCCCUUUGUUCAGUCUAGCCGGUGGGUUGAGUCAGAGGGAGGCUGUGCUAACCAAACAUAUCCACACCACUGUGGGGACACCGACAAGACUGAGAAGAGGCCGGGGAAAACAGCGAAGGUUACCCGGGGAGUCUGUUAACGGAGAGUCGGACAACGGAAAAGUUGUUUUUGAGUGUUGCUGAUGCUGCGUUUCAUUUCGGGAACAACCGUCAGGACCUGUGUGCUUCUAUUCCGCUACUGAAACAGCCUUAUAUGUCGACUGUCUUCGCUCAAUGGUGGCUGCUUUAGCUAUCUUCCUGUGUAAAAUAUGAACCGGCAGGCUAACUGCUAACCAUCCCCGGUGUGUUGCUGACACCGUGCAGUUGUUGCCAUCAUCCACGCUGACUCUCCCUUUCAGUUUCUGCUCAGCAUCCAUAUUUGCAUCCCAGGGAGUGGCAACCACUAAUCCCCCGCUCCUGGCAAGAAGAUUGAAAGUUGGCCGGUGGUCGGACACCCCCUCGGACGCUCUUAUUUCACACAGAAAGCUAAACAUGGAGAGCGACAGCCACCACUCCCACAUCUAGUGCCUGAUCCACAAGCCUUCAUCACCCAGGGAGGAGCUCUCGCGUCCCGGCCGUCUCCCUGCUUCUGUAGAAUGAACAUGCUCAAGUCCAGUGGACUAAAAAUCCCUGGCCGGGGGCCCAAGCAUUCCAGCCCAGUGGGAAGGACCUCAGCGGGUGGAACCUCCAGCCCUGUAGUCCCUAAAGACAAUGCUCCACUCAAGCCCACCACACCAACUAAAAUCUCUGAAGAGGGCGACGAUGUUCUGGGGGACUACACAGUGGGUGAGCAGGUCUGGGUCAACGGUGUCAAACUAGGAGUUAUUGCCUACCUAGGGGAGACACAGUUCGCCCCAGGACAGUGGGCAGGCGUGAUACUGAAUGACCUAGUUGGCAAAAACGAUGGGUCAGUGGGCGGCGUGCGCUACUUUGAGUGCCAGCCCCUCCAGGGCAUCUUCACGCGACCCUCGAAGCUCACCCGACAGCCGGUCGGAGAGGGAAGUGACAGCCACUCCACUGACUCGCUCUCUGUCCAGAAUGUGAGUCAGCAGGGCGGCGGUAGCGCCCCCUCUGGCCAGCGGGUGGUCGUGCCACUGAGAGAGGGCCUCCUCAACAGCGCAGUGAAAACGGGCAACGAGUCGGGGUCCAACAUGUCUGACAGCGGCUCAGUUAAGAAAGCAGGGGAUAAGGACCUUAGAGUUGGAGAUCGAGUUUUGGUGGGAGGCUCUAAAAUGGGAGUCAUACGCUACAUGGGAGAGACAGACUUCGCCAAGGGUGAAUGGUGUGGUGUCGAGCUGGAUGAGCCCUUGGGGAAGAAUGAUGGUGCCGUGGCUGGUACAAGAUACUUUCAGUGUCUUCCCAAGUUCGGCCUGUUUGCUCCGAUCCACAAGGUGAUCCGCAUCGGCUUCCCCUCCACCAGCCCUGCCAAGGCUAAGAAGAGCAAGCGGAUGGCCAUGGGGGUUUCCUCUCUGGCCCACAGCCCCAGCAGCUCCUCCAUCAGUUCAGUCAGCUCGGUGGCCUCCUCCGUGGGCGGACGACCGAGCCGAACUGGACUGCUGACGGAGACAUCUUCGCGCUACGCCCGCAAGAUUUCAGGCACCACUGCGCUCCAGGAAGCCCUGAAGGAGAAGCAGCAGCACAUCGAGCAGCUGCUGGUUGAGAGGGACUUGGAGCGAGCAGAGAUGGCCAAGGCCACCAGCCACAUCUGUGAGGUGGAGAAGGAGCUGAACGUGCUCAAGGCGCAGCACGUGCAGUAUGUAACAGAGAAUGAGAGCACCCUCCAGCAAGUCAAAGCCAUGUUGGCCGGCGCACAGAAAGAUAAACUGGAGCUGGCCAAUCAGCUCGAAGAGGAGAAAAGGAAAGUGGAGGACCUCCAGUUCAGAGUGGAGGAGGAAUCCAUCACCAAAGGAGACCUGGAGGGAAGAUGCUCUCAUGAUGCAGUAUCCUUGAGGUUGGGUAAGAGAACCAAGCAAACCACGGUUGAAGAACAGAGUCGUAUCAUGCAGCUGGAGGAGGAGCUCAGCCUCAGGAGAGCUGAGAUCGAGAAACUCCAGGCUAAACUCAGAGGAUGUGACACAGGCUCGCAGCAAGCCGACGACAGCGACGCUGCCCCGGGUGCCGGCACCCAGCUGGAGAUGCCGGUCCCGCCCGAGCAGCUUGUGUCUGCGGGCCACGAGCACUACAAGCAGAGCAGCGAGCUUAAAGAGAAGUAUGAGGCGGCAUUAGCAGCGAGCCAGCAGGAGAUCGACUCGCUGAAGGCGCUGGUUGAAAAUAAGAGCCAGGAGGUCAGUGAGAUGAAGCAGAAAGUUCAACAUGCCACCAAGGAAAACAUGGAAAUGAUGGACACCUGGAAGGAUAAAUUUGACACUUUAGUAAUCGACCACCAGCGCUCCCUGGAGGAACUGAAGGCCUCAUUAAGUAGCGAUCAUCCCACUCCAGCAGGCCAAGAGCAGGACGUCCAGGAGCUGAGAACCACUCUGGAGAGCCUAAAGAUGGAGCACCAGCUGGAGGUGGAGAACCUAAAGGCCAAACAUAAGAUCGAAGCCGCCAUCCUGACCAAGGAACGUGAAGACUUCUGCACUCGUCUUCACGAGGCCAAAGAUCAGCUUGCUGAGGGCAACCAGACGUGGAGGACCGAAGUCGAGGCCAAAAGCAGCAAGCAGGCCCUGGAGGAGGCCACCGAUAAGCUACAGAGGGCGGAGCAGAGGCUGGCGGAGAUGGAGAAGCUCCGCAUUGAGCAGGACAAAAGCACAGAGCAGCUGAGAGAGAGACUGGAGCUGUCGGAGAAGAAGAUGACAGACUAUCAGGCUCUGCAGAAGGCCCAGGCAGAGAGCCAAGAGGAGAUCCAGAAACUGGAGGAAAAGCUGAGGGUGACGGCGAACCAGCUCCAGGCCAUCCAGGCGGACCGCUACACAUCCCAUGAUGCAAAUGUGAUAGAAGAUAAUGAAAUUUCAGAUGAGAAGAUGAAGCUAAAACAGAAUAUCGAAGAAACAAUGGAGAAGUUGUUGAAAAGGGAAAAGGAGGUCUCGACUCUCUCUUCGCAGGUUGAAGCCCUGAAAUCCCAGAUGGGAGCACUGGAGGGCAAAGUUCGCUCAGGGGAAAAGAAAGCCGAAGCCCUGGCCAAGGAGAAGUUGCGUGUGGAGGCAGAGCUGGAGUCCAUGACCAAGAAGUCCCAUGAUGCCUCUGGGCAGCUGGUCAAUAUCAGCCAGGAGCUGCUGAAGAAAGAGAGGAGUCUGAAUGAACUGAGGGUGUUACUCCUGGAAUCACAUCGCCACUCAAGGGACAUGGAGAAAGACCUGAACCGAGAAGUGCACAAGGCCGAGUGGAAGCUCAAGGAGCAGAAACUUCAGGAAGACAUCAAGACGCUGCGUGAAAAAUUGCUUCUACUGGGUCGGGAACGAUCUUCACCUGACCACCGGCGGUACUCCAUGCUGGACCCCUCUGUCCUGGACUCAGAGGUGAACCGCCUCCGCCAGCGGCUGCUCAGCACUGAGGACGCCCUGAGGACCGCCAUGGAACACAACCAGCAGGUCGACCAGCUGGUCCAGGCCAUGCGCAGGCAUCCAGAUAAAAGCCCGGUGCAUGGUGCAAAUUCAGCCAAUGGAAUUCAUCAUCAGGAGUCAGACAGCACUAGAGAUGAACAACACUGAUAUGAGCGGAAGAGAUAAGAGUGAACUGGGGCACGCGGAGGUACAUCUUAAAGAAAGCUCGUCCGAUGUUACUCCUGAUCCUGCGACGGACGCCUGAAGAACAUUUCAGUUUACAGUUAAAACCAAAACAGCGAAUCUCUAUCUCGAGUGAAUUUAUGUGUUGUUGCAGAAAGCACCUAUUAGCCAAUCAUGAAGACCGCUUAAAGUACUAUAAAAUAUAAACAGGAAAUGGGACAUGGACAUGAAGAGAUAUUAUCGGUACAACUCCUGAGAACGUACAGAAUGGCAACUUCUGAUGCUUUACAGUAGUUAGAAAUUUUCAAUCUGCGAGUUGCCGGGGACUCUGUGACAAUUCUACAUUUUGAACCAGAAGGCGAAACGGCUUAUGGACGACGAUGUGAAGAACUGGGUCUCAGUCGAUUUGUUUGUUUUAUUUAUUGCUUUUACUCUUCUCCUCAGCUUUGUUAUAAUCCUGUAUGGGUGAGCUGUCUCGGCCAGUGAUACUCAGAGCAACUCUUCAAGGAUGACUGACUAUUAUUUUUAGGGAGUUUGGCUCAGUUGUCACUUUACUUAAUACAUGUAGAGAGAACUGGUUGAAAACUCAUUAUACUUAGCUCUGUCCAGUGUUCACGCUUCGGCUUUAGUGUACAAUAUGAUAAGUAAUUGUGGGUGACUGCAGGUAAUGGAAGUAUUAAAAGUGAUCUUUAAUAAUACCUCAAAUCUCUCUUAUGAUUAGAAAACACAAACACAGGCCUGCAAAGUAGCUCAGAAGGUUUAUUAUUCAUCUCUCUUGGUUGUGAUCAGGUUAAAUCCAUUUUUGUUAUGAUGGAUUCCAACGGUGGCCAGGAUUUGGUUGGAAAUUAUUUUUAAACCAUCUUCAAAACCACCUCCCACCACAUAAUCCACUUCUCCAGUUUCCAUCUGAGUGCUGAGUCUGUUCCAAACACUAUUUAUUUCCACCAGUCCGCAGCAAAAUACUCUGCUUCUGUCUCAAUCCUCUCAUUCACUUUGAUACUGCAAAAGACAGAUUUUAAGCCGUCCAAUUUGUGUGUGUGUGUGUGUGUGUGUGUGUGAGUGAAUGUGUUUUAACUUGUAAACAACAUUUCACACUUUAAAAAUCCAGUGUGUAGGAUUUGGGGAUAUACAUUGUCAGAAAUGGAAUAUAACAAUAAUUAUGUUUUCUUUAGCAUAUAAUCACCUGACGACAAGAAUCUUUGUGUUUUCUUUACCUUAGAAUGAGCUGUUUAUAUCUACACAGGGAGCGGCAUGUUGUUAAUACAAAAGCCUAGAAAAGACAAACGAACACUGGCUCAAGAUAGGACCAUUUGCGUUUUCACGUAGAACACUAUAGUAAGCAGCCCCUCCGCGAUGAGCACAUAACAGCAAGUGCUGAACUAGCAGCCCCCACCACCGACAUGCCAAACAGCAUUUGAGAAAUACCAGUUUUUAACAUGAAACUGCUUUAUUCAGUAUUUUUACCUUUUUUAAUCACCGUGUCCAUUUGUGUUGGAGACAAAGAGACCUCUGCGGAUAAUUCGGCUUCUGGUAAAUACCUCAUGAACAUUUUGUUCUUAAGUUUUCAGAGUAAAAAGGUGAGCACACACUAGUAGGUGCCGAGCUAGCAGCCCAAAAUGCUGACCAUCAUCGUAGAAGCACUGAUUUGUAACAUGAAACUGCGUUAUUGGGUGUUUUUAUCCGUUUUUUUUGUUGAUGUUUUUUUUUGGAGAGGAGGAGACCUCUGUGGAUAAGAAUAAUUAUAAUGAUAGUAAUAAUCUUUACAUAUAAAGCGCUUUUCAAAACAGAGUUACAAAGUGCUUUGCAUGUCAAUGAUUAAAACAGACGAGACAUGAAAACAACAACUUUUAAAAGAACUGAUAUAAACACUUAAGUGUAUAAAAACUGAGGAAAUAAAAGACAUAAUAAAUGGACUUAAAACUCAAGUAAAAUCAGGAAAGGCUUUCCAAUAAAAGUAUGUUUCAAAAGGGACUUCAAAGAGAUCGCUGACUCAGCCAACCUGAUUUCCUCAGGCAGACUGUUCCAGAGCCUCAGGGCCCUGACAACCAGCGCUCUGUACCCUUUAGUUUUCAAUCCAAGCCUGUGGAACAGACAAAAGACCUCUGCCCGAGGACCUCAAAGUACGUCCUGGUGUUUACAGCACUAAGAGGUCGGAGAUAUAGCUGGGAGAGAGACCAUGAAGAGCCUUAAAAGUGAUCAGUAAAAUCUUAAAAUAUAUUCUAAAUCAUACUGGGAGCCGACGUAAAGAGGGUACAACUGGAGUGAUGUGGUCACGUCUCUUUGUUCUGGUUCAAAGCCUCACAGCUGAGUUCUUUACAUUCUGGAGUCGAUUCAUACAUUUUUGAUUUAGGCAAGAAAAGUGGCUGUUGCAGUGAUCUAGGUGUGAAGAGAUGAAGACGUGCCCACCACUUGUUGACACUAGGGUCCUGUUUACACAACAACGAUUUCAACUGAAAGCGGUAAACUUUAGUUGCGUUUUGGCUGAUGCAAAUGUGCAUUAUGGUUCCAGUCACUAGGCAUGUGCGAGAAAGUCGACCAUCACAACAACAAUGGCGGACUCACGAGCUCUGUUUGUACUGCUCACCCUUUUGAAUUUAUCAACGCUUCUCCAGCAAAGUGUGGAUGUACUGUAGCAACUCCACCUCGUCAUCCGUCCAGACAAACAUUUGUGCGGUUGCCGUUUUGUUUGUUUAUACAUCACCGCUCUGUAGAAGGAAGUGCAUGUGUGCAGGCGCGUGUUGUGUGAUUGCAAAGUCACACCGCCAUCUACUGGCCUGGCAUGUAUACUACAGUGUUUUUGGACAUUUUUGCAGAUCCGUGUGCACGAUGAUUGUUAUCAAAACGCUGCCGUCUGAACACAGAACUUCUUUCAAAAAAGAAAAUGAGAAACGAUUCCGUUUUCAGCAGAUCGUUUUCGUGUAAACAUGUCCUAAAUCCCCCUAAAUCUUGCACGUUGUUCCUUUAACUUUUAUGAAAUCAGAUACCAGAAAAACAAAAAAGCGCUGUCUGGAUAACAUCAGGAGCAAGCUACAAUACUCUUAAAGUGUCCUUCAUGAAUGUGCAUUUAUUCUCUGAAAACUGUUUCAGGUUUAGACUUUAUGUAAGCAAUCAAGCUCUGCAUAGUGUAUUAACAUGAGUAAAAAGAUGGAGAUGGAGAAGGUGGAGGCAUCACACAAAACAGAGAAAACGGUUUUCCUUCCUCCAUCCUUUGAGUGCAUUAUCACGCUUAUAUAAUGGCCACAUCAAAGAAAGCAUUACAGGAACAUUGGAAUGUUUUUUUAUCCAACAUAUGUAGAAGAACUGGUUAAAUCCUUCAUUAACAUUAACUAACAUGCUCUAAAGCAUCACCACUGUUGCUAUGGCUACCUGCAGUCGAAUCUAGGCCAAACUAUCAUCAGAACCAAUUAAGAAGAUAGGAUACACUUUGUUGACUUGUUUAACGUGUUUGAGGAACACAACAAUUAACAUAAUUAUUUCAGUGCCAUGGACAAAACAUGAAACGACCUCAUAAGUUCUGCUUAUUAUAAAGUAUUCUUUAUCAUCCACGUGUACACGAGGGGAGAGUUAUCUGUAACAAGGCUGACAGAGAUGAUUUCAACCACCAUUGCUCUCUUCAAGGUUCAGUUAAGGUUGCUAUUGGGCCAAUCUUCCUAAAAAAAAAAAAAAAAAAGUAGUCCUUUUUAGCCAUUGCACAUCAGUGGACUCCCUGCUGGGACUUCAUGAACCUGGGAGACCUCCUGAAUUCAGCUCUGAGUUAUGUUACAGUAUGUUUAUAGGAUGAAUAUAGUGAAUUAUUCUAGACUUUUUUUGUUCUGUUAAACUCUGACCCUGUACCAAUACACCUCUUAUAAGUAAUUAUCAGCUAUUUUAUUUACUGUGGACUAUGUAUCAGACUCCAUCCAUACACUAGUAUUAAUUAACUCUAUAUGCUACGACAUAGCAGCCCCAGGUGACGCCUGAUUGAGCCCAUUUUGAUGCUGUAUCUAGAUGUGGAUUACUUUACUGUCCUUUUGUUAAGUGGGGCUACUGAAGGGCUGUCACGGGAGCUAAAAUCCAAACAAUGUCCCUCCCCAGGUUUGUAACAUCUGGAUUUAAUUUGCAAAAAUGUCAACACGUAUAGAAUUUACACCAUAAGUCUUCCAAAUAUUGUUUUAUCCAUAACUAAACAAGGAGAUCCUGUUUUGUAGUUGGUCAUAGGUUGCUAUUGCUGCACAGGAGACACCACGCAGAGGUGAGUAGGGGUGGAAAUAGGGGUGUCUCCUGAGCAAAGCAUGUAGGGCAGGCACCAGUCAGCUGAGGUAAAAGCUAAAUUUUCCAUUGGAUAUUGUACAUGGCCUUUUCAGCUGGAGGGUUCAUACCCUUUGGAUUAUUGCUGCAAUGGUUUCGGAGAUUGAGUCAUUAAAUAUUAACAAUGUGGGCAAGGG